CCGCAUAAAUCUGUAGGGCCUGACCAUGAUGGAUCUGCUCAUGACAGCGAUCCAACGAUCGUACCUCAUGGCAUGAUAUCUAGUGAUCCUGACAUGCCAGCCUCCAUGAAUCCUCAAUCAUUGACCUGUGAGCAAACAAAGCUACUUCGCAACACCUCUGGCAACAGUGCCAGCCCAUACCUCCGUGCGAAAUGCCCACAGUGUUUUGGGGGGUCAGUGUGGGGUAGUCCUGCCAAUGAGUUGGUCCUCACAUCUAUUUCAAGAAUGGCAGUACAUGUUUGUUGGAGGAGAGAUGGUUCUUCCCUGGAACGAAACCUGCACAUUCCUGACCCAGGCUGAAAUAGAUGAAGCUGCCCACCAUGUCUCUGAGGCACGAGCUGCA